GGGAACGGGUGGGGAGAAAAGUUAACUGGAAAAAUUUGGGCUAGGAAAGAUGCAAUGAUCUUGCACCAAGUGGAUGUGCCAUGUUUGCAUGUGAAUAACGCAUCUGGAGAAGCUCCGAGGGAUGUCUUGCAAGUGAUCUGCUCAAUCUCCGUAGAAACGCUCACCUCUGCCUGCAAACUUUCCCCUGCCAGAAGUUGAGAGGAAUAGAAAAGCACCGGAAAAUCAAAAGGGGAAGAUAUCAGCGGACAAAAACGCUUGAGCUAAACUGUUGCAUCCUGACCCGGGGCUCUGGUGCGAGCGUCCCACUGGUGCCUCCUGGGCUCCCAAGCCAAUUGGCAGUGGGUGGCAUUGGCCAAGGCACCCGGCAGUGUCCCCAGCAUUGGGGACACGCCGAGCAGCAUGCUGGCUGCGGUGCCCGCAGCUGGCAAGCAAACCCCGUGUGCCUGACCUGCCGGUUGUGCCGGGGCGGUGGCGGCCAUGGCUGCAGCCAUCGCCAGCUCCCUGAUCCGCCAGAAGAGACAAGCCAGGGAGCGGGAGAAGUCCAAUGCGUGUAAGUGUGUCAACAGCCCCAGCAAGAGCAAGGGAAGCUGCGACAAGAACAAGUUGAAUGUGUUUUCCAGGGUCAAACUCUUUGGCUCCAAGAAAAGACGAAGGCGGCGACCAGAGCCUCAGCUUAAAGGUAUAGUAACAAAGCUAUACAGCAGGCAAGGAUACCACUUGCAGUUGCAAGCAGAUGGAACAAUUGAUGGAACAAAAGAGGAGGACAGUAGUUAUACUUUGUUUAACCUCAUACCUGUGGGUUUACGAGUGGUGGCGAUUCAGGGGGUUCAAACAAAAUUGUAUCUGGCAAUGAACAGUGAAGGAUACCUAUAUACAUCAGAACAUUUUACACCUGAAUGCAAGUUCAAAGAAUCAGUAUUUGAAAACUACUACGUGACGUAUUCUUCAAUGAUCUACAGACAGCAACAGUCUGGCCGGGGCUGGUAUUUGGGUCUUAACAAAGAAGGAGAAAUAAUGAAAGGAAAUCACGUGAAAAAAAAUAAACCUGCAGCACACUUUCUUCCAAAACCAUUAAAAGUGGCCAUGUACAAAGAGCCUUCUCUCCACGAUCUCACAGAGUUCUCAAGAUCAGGAAGUGGGACCCCAACAAAGAGCAGAAGUGUUUCAGGAGUGCUAAAUGGGGGUAAAUCCGUGAGCCAAAAUGAGUCAACGUAGCCAGGUUCAGGCAAGCCAAGUGCUCUCUAACAGAACCUUACCUCUGGAUGCAGUUGAAUUCUUACUAGCAGUCUUUCAUCCAAACGUUCAAUUGCCCAGGACAAGCCACCGAACUUGCAUAGGUCACUCGUUUAUCAGCCAUUAGAUCUACUGGUUGUCAAAGGAUAUACCCCAAUAAUGUAGAAUAUGCUUGUGCAUAUCACAAGGCACUUGGAUAGCCAACAAACAUAACUGCGGAAUAAAUCUCGGAGAAGAAAUGUCCAGCUCUUUCUCUCUCGCUCUUUCUCUCUUUCUCUCUCCCUCUCUUUCUCUCUCUCUCCUAUGCUUUGUGGAGUACGAAACAAAAACAUUUAACAGCAUUCACUGCUGAUAAGAAUUUGCUUUCCAACAGAAAAAGACCACUUUUGCUCUUCAAAGGAAAUUUUACUGCUUGUAUGUUUUAUAGGGGCAAACAAAAAACAAACAUGUAAACUCUGUUGUUUCCUUGGCUUAACGUUUUAUAUCUAAGGCUUGAUAAAAAAUGUAUCCUUUAAUUUGGAAUAGUGCAACUUUUCAAUUUCUGAACUCCAAUGGGUCUUUAAAGCUAUGUCUUUAGAAAAAUAAUUAAAAAUUCAGGGUUGGAACUGAGAGUUAGUCUCAGGCUCAAGCAGUGUUAUUGUGGUUUUAAACACAAUGAAAUAUAAAUUUUUAUAGAUUUGUAGUUUCUGGUAAAGUUCUUGUGCUAACCCCAGUCUGUAGGAACCGAGUUGUUUUGUUAUCCCAAGUGGAAGUUAACAGAAAGGGAUAAAAUUGUCCUCCAGUGUAGAUUUCUCUUAAUUCCAUUUUGUGUGUCAUGUUGAACUAUUGUCGUGGCUUCUUUUCUAAAGACAGAAACUGUGGAAUUAAGGUGACUUAAUUUUUUUAUAAGAAACGUCUUAUUUGUAAAAGUCCUUCUUUCACUGUAACAGGCACGUGAAUAUUGUGUAGGAGGAAGCGUUAGGACAGGUUACCCCUAAACAACAUAUACUUAUACAUGCUAUUGGAAACAAUUGUUUAAAAAAUGUAGUUAGGUUUCCAUUUAGGUCAUCAUGUCUGUUGCAUGGGAGAAAGUUGGAAUACUGGCAUAGAGUUGCAUGAUGUGUAAGAUUUUGUGCAUUAAUCAUCGUUGGAUUCUGUGCUCCAAAACUGACAUAGUUCUGUACAGGCAGCUUUCUGCCUUGUACAAAAGAGUUGUUUAUUAUUUGUUGUAUACACGACCAUGCACUGAAUAAACUAUUUCUAUUAAGAUGUA